AACCUAUGCUUUGGAGUGUCAGUCUUCGAGCGCGUUUCGAGUCGGUUGCACGUGGCCUUCUCAAUACCUUCCCUCGGUGUGUUGCGAGUAGGAAUAGCAGAUAAGAUACAGUUUAACGGAAGAAUCCACUUCGCGUUCAGGAUGAUGCGUUUUGUGUGAAGGAUCGUUCGUCUAUAUGGGAUGCAGACAGACGGUCGUGCGAGUGCAAGUGCAAUCGAGUGCAUCUAAGCAUGUAGGAAGCAAGUGUAUCUAAAACAAGUCACAGAGCGAGCGAGCGAAACGCGGGGUCGUGCUUCCUGUGCUCGGCUGGCUGUCUGGCCUCUGGGGCUGUGAUUAGGAGCUAUUUGGUACGUGCUGCGCUUCUCAAUGAGGGAAAUGCAUCCCGUUGGUUGGCUGGCAAUUGAUAUGUUGUGUUUGCAGUAGUGGCUUUGAGGGGUUGACGCGGUGAAAUUGAAGCAAGAAGUAAAGAAGGGAAAUGUGAGCGAAACAUAGGAGAAAAAGAUUACGACCAGUAAUUGUGUGAAGCGGGUGGAAAUGCAUGUCAGUGAGGGCGACAUUUAUGCUCCAUAUAAUAGUGUAGUGUGGAUAAUGAUUUAAGUGCUUGUGGCGAGGGCUCAUUACGUGGUGGCACUGGCAGUUGAGAGGAGGAUCCAACAAACGGAAUAACGUGUGCUAAGUCAUGUUGACGUGAAGUGCGAGGUGGCGGAAAAAUCGUUGUGAAGAGGGGCAUUUUUUCCGUGACAAAUGUGGUGAAGUGUGACUGAGUGAUACUGUUACAAAUUACUCAUCGAGGAAUUUACUGGAUUGAGGAUAACUAUAUCCAUUAUGGACAUGCACAAGUGGCCGAGAAUAGCGUGCUGCUGCUACUUGUGUUUUAGAGGGUGAUUACGUUUGAUGAGGAUAUAUUUACGUCAGAGACAGCGGAAAGAUCGAUUUGCCAAGCGAGGAGGAAGAAACUGCACCAUCAGCAGCUGCCAUCUGCAUCCGCAAUCAAAUAUCAAGCAAGUCUGGGGGAACGAACGAAUAUGCUGCUGCAUAAGAAUCAUAAUCAUGGACUUGAAGACUUGCAGCGCUCCGAGCAGAAAUAUCUUUGAAGAUUCGGACACAAACCGUGGACCCUGAAAUUGACUGUGGAUCAGAACGAAAUUGGAAGAGAUUUUCCAUCUGGUUGCAUUCGGUGAUUACGUUUGGUGAAGUGUAGGGAAAUAGCUUAGUGGCUUCGAUUUGCCAGACAUUCAUCACACGGCGGUACAGAUUGCUAACAGCAAAUAUUUGAGUGAAUGUAACCGCAAACAUAGCUUUAUCCAUAAUCCGACUUACUGUUUAUCGUCAGAAUAUGUUGAGCUGCCACCCACACCCCGCUUUCGGUUGUGAAGACGCGCGUGGUUCCCAUUAGUCAAGCGUUGACGUGGCAAACAAAACAGUGAACCGAGACUCGCUCUCUCCAUCCGGUUUUCAUCGCGCAUUUCUGUUGAUGGGACUAAGCAGACAUUAAUUAACCGUGAGUGUAUUUGUUUACGGUGUUAGUGCCACGCGGCUUGAGGAUAACCAAUCGGAAGAAGGUCGUUACCCUAUGUAUGGAACACUGUCAGGAAGGGGCGAACCAGAUCUUGCAUAGAUGAACGCAGUCAUUCUGUUAGUUCAAAAAACUAAACAAAACCACGACAAUAGCGCUUCCGGAAUAUGUCAGCUAGCAUCCACCGCAUGUCACUAGCAGGAAUAACAACGACAAUCAACGGAUCCGCAGUCCAACAGGUGCUGGGUAAAAUUGUGUCAUCCUCCUCGCCAGCGGAAACGCGGUAUGCGACGACGACGGGGCGCAUAAAAAACGCAUAAAGUACCAAUCUACUGAACAUUAAGUAGACACACAUAUGCAAGCGAGCCUCCUCCCCACGCCGGACAGGAUUAUGUAAACGGGAAGAUGACAACUCCAGCAACGCCAUCUGCAUGUGUUUCGCCACCGUUGCACAAUGAGGCACCAGUUGGAUGAACAUCGACGACUGCACACCACUUCCGGCAACAGCAACAUCAGCACGGGACUAUCUUCGAGAAACGGCUUAACAAAGCACAACUUUUUUUUUGUCUGUUUCCAACGUUGCAAUUUACCUCUUGUUCUGAACUAAUAAUAAAUGCACACCCAACAACGCAGCAGCAACACGGAGGAAAAAAUAGUGGCAUACAUCUAAGAGCCUGAAACUACCACCAGUGGACCUGCGAAUAAAGCACAAACAAAGCGCGUGGGAAACUUUCCUGUAUUAAGCUCAGCAGCAGCAACAACAAAAAAACAGAAAAACUAUAAUAGAACAGCACUCCGUGAUAUAUGGAACAGAAAGGCUGCCAGGCCAGAACGGGGGCUUAACCGAACCAGAGCAGAAUAAAGAAUAAAUAGAUGACUAGCCCGAGAGGAGAUAGCUAGAGUACGGCCAUACGGAGCCGCCAACGGAGCAGUAAUAUGGCUCGGCGAAACUUUAGAAAUGAUGGAUGCAUCUGCUGCUGUAAUCAGAGACAACUACUGGUCGUGGUAGUGUUUUUCACCAUCGCCCUGGGAGCGCCACAUUCAGAUCCCAGCUCCCUGUCAGACAACUACCUGGCGCCGGCAAUGUCACAGGCAUAUUUUGCAACCCGAAACAAUACCAAAGUCACGGCACAAAAGGGCGGCACUGCGCUUCUGCCGUGCACCGUACUGACACAAACUUCCGCCCUGGUAUCCUGGGUGCGACGGAGGGACUUCCAACUGCUAACCGUGGGACUUUCGACAUACAGCAGUGACGAGCGCUUCCUGGUGCACCAUAUCCGGCACAUGGGCCACUGGGCGCUGCGGAUCAAGGCCGUUCGGGACGAGGACCAGGGCCUGUACGAAUGCCAACUGUCGGUGCAUCCGGUGCAGUCGGUGUUCGUCGAGCUGAAAGUUGUAGAUGCCGUUGCAGACAUCGUGGGAGCUCCAGAUUUGCACAUCGACGAAGGAUCAACGCUGCGGCUGGAGUGCAAACUGAAGCGAGCUACCGAAUAUCCCGACUACGUGUUCUGGUACCAUCAAGAGAGCAUGGUAAACUUCGAUCAGCAGAAUGGCUUUUCGGUUACGCCAUUUCAACCGGUUGACAGUACAGCCUUGACGGACGAAGUAUCAGACCAGCCUUACCCAACGCCGAUGGACCAGUCCCAUGAUGGACAGCUUCAUCAUGGUCACGGUCAUUACCAUCAUCACCACCACCACAGAAACCAAGAGCAUCAUCAUCGACACCAUCCACGACAUCAUCCCCACCAAUUGGCACCACAGGAUCCAACAAUGGUGGACGACAGCAAUUUGGGCUUCAACGUGCUGAACCUCCUGAACCCGGCCGCGGUGCCAUCGGGAUCGAUGAGCCUUCUGGACGCUCCACUGCUAGAUUCCGGCGAGCUGCUGGCCACAGACUUGACCGCGGGCUUUUCUGCCGCCGAAGAGCAACUGCAUCAAUGGGCGCUGAACCAAAGCGGCUUUCUGCCCUAUUCGCACAUCCUGUCGCCGGCCACCAGCGUUCUGACAAUCAAGGAGGUCCAUUCGAAGCACGCCGGUAACUACACCUGUGCACCGUCCAACACGCGACCGGCGAGUAUUACGGUGCACGUGUUGCAAGGUGAAAAACCAGCCGCUAUGCAGCACGCCAACCGGAGCCAGCUGGAAGAUGGCAAAACGAAAGGAAGCAGCAGCAGUGGCACCAGUAGGGCACUGUACAGCCCUCAACAUCAUCCACUCGUGGCGCUUCCGGUGAUGACGAUGCUUUUGCUUCUCCUAUUUCAAAUACGAUUUCUUUCGUCACUGGGGCGAAACCAUGGCUACCCAGAGAGCAGGUGAGAGCGGAACAGCCCCCCACCCCCAGGAUGGAGCAGAAGCACGCCAGCACAUUCGACUUCCUCCCAGAAACAAUGGAAGCAAACAACAGUAGUACAGACGCCACGUCUCCUGGGUUCGCUAAAUUAGGUUAAGGUGAUUAUAAAACGAAGCCACACCUCAAAUUUUCAAGAGCACAAGACUU